AUGCUUCCUCAGUCGGCAUCGAUUCGCACCCAUUUAACCACUCAGCAACCUUCGUGCCGCCUUUUGGUCGCCGAUUUCCACCCUCCGCCGCUGUCUCCUUUGGGAGCAACACAAGGUUUGAUUUCGGGUUUGACAAACAUUUCAGCCGUCACACAAGUCAUUCAUGAUCAAGAAAAAGCUUGCAAAGAAGAUGAGGUAAAACAGGCCCAUUCCUCAUUGGAUUCGCAUGAGGACAGACAACACCAUCAGGUAUAA